AUGGUCAAGAUCACCCCCCUCGUCGCCUCCCUCCUCCUGUCCAUGGUCGCCGCCCAGGACCAGGCUCCCACCGGCACCGACUUCGCCUUCCCCACCGGAACUGAUGCCAUUCCUUUCCCCUCCGGCACCGGUGGCUUCGGCGGCCCCGGUGGACACCACCACCACUCUGGUGUCCCCAGCGGCUUCCCCAGCGGCUUCCCAACUGGCGGAUUCGGCGCUGAGGGCUUCGGACACCACUCUGGCGGUGGUCCUCGUCCUACUGGUGGCUUCGGCGGAGAGAGGCCCACUGGCGCUUUCGGUGGUGAGGGUGCUCAGCCAACUGGCGGUUUCGGUGGCGGUGACGAGUCUGCUCCCGCCGGCCCUCAGCCAACUGGUGCUGGCGUGCAGCGUCGUGCCUUCGGCUUCGGCAGCGGCAGCGGUGACGAUGCUCAGCCCACUGGCAGCUUCGGCGGCUUCGGCGGCUCUGAGUCUGGUGCCUCUGGUGCCCAGCCUACCGGAGGCUUCGGAGGCUUUGGCGGCGGCGAGUCUGGAUCUUCUCCCUCUGGCUUCGGUGGCGGUGAGUCCGGUGCUCAGCCUACUGGUGGCUUCGGUGGCUUCGGUGGUGGCGAGUCUGGAUCUUCUCCCUCUGGCUUCGGUGGCGGUGAAUCCGGCGCCCAGCCUACCGGUAGCUUCGGUGGCUCCGGCUCUGGUUUCGGAGGCUCUGGUGCCUCGCCCUCCGGCGGCUCCGGCUCCGGCUUCGGCGGUGGUGAGUCUGGAUCUCAGCCCACCGGUGGCUUCGGCGGCUCUGGCUCCGGCUCUGGCGCACAGCCGACCGGCUCUUUCGGCGGCUCAGGCGCGUCCCCCUCCGGUAGCUUCGGCGAGUUCGACUCCAGCAGCUACCAGAAGCGCCAGGAGUUCCAGGACGGUGCCCCCUCCGGCUUCCAGACCCACACCCGCGGCCCCAAGCCUUCCGGCCCUCCUCCCACGGGCGGAUUCGGUGGCCAGGGCCCCAAGCCCACCGGUUCUUUCGGUGGAGAGGGCGCCCGGCCUUCCGGCUCUCCUCAGGGUGGCGAGUCCCAGAACUAA